AUGGAUAAAAUCAAAGAUGCUGUUAAUAAUCUCAUCGGUCGAAAACCAUCUGGCCCAAAAAUUCGAUAUGCUGUUGUUGGAGCAGGAUCAAUUGCUCAAAGUGCUUUCAUGCCUGGUAUUUUAGAAACAUCGAAUUCAGUAAUGACUGUCCUAUGUAGUGAUGAUGCAGAAAAACGUGAUCAAUUGGCAAAACAAUAUAAUUUAAAAUCAUAUUCAUAUGAUCAAUUCGAUCAGAUGUUGGAUGCAAAUGAAUGUGAUGCUCUUUACAUUGCUACACCUAAUUUUCUUCAUGUUAAACAUGUUGUUCCAGCUCUUGAAAAAGGUUAUCAUGUAUUAUGUGAAAAAUUGAUGGGUUGUAGUGAAGAAGAAUGUGAAGCAAUGAUCGCUGCUCAAAAGAAAAGUGGAGCUAAAUUAAUGAUUGCUUAUCGUCUUCAUUGUGAUCCAGGAAAUUUAGAAGUACUCGAACGUGUACGAAAAGGAGAUUUUGGUGAAGCACGUGUUUUUACAUCGAUGCAUACACAAUAUCUUCGAGAAGACAAUCAUCGUGGUCUCAAUGGAUUUGAUUCUGGUCCAGUUCCAGAUAUGGGCCCAUAUCCAAUCAAUGGUUCACGUACUAUGUUUGGAAGUGAACCAAUUGAAGUUCAAGCUAUGGGAUUCAAACAUUCACAUCCUGAUUUAAAAAUGGAAUACGAUACAGUUUCUGUUCAUAUGAGAUUUCCUGAAGAACGAGUAGCAUCAUUUGUUGUAGGAUUUGCAACAGUAUUGACAACGUAUUAUCGUAUUGUUGGUACAAAAGGUGAAAUUAUUGUCGAUCCAUCAUACAAUUUUGAUAAAGCUGUUUCAUACACAACUCGAUUUGGUGAAGGAGGUGAAGAAGAAAAAACAAAGAAUUUUCCUAAAGUUGAUCAAUUUGGCGGUGAAACUGAAUACUUUUCUGAUUGUAUUCUUAAGAAUGUUGAACCAGAACCAAAUGGAGAAGAAGGAUUGAUGGAUGUCCGAGUAGUUUAUGCAAUUAAAAAAUCUCUUGAAACCGGCAAACCAGUAAAAUUGGAACCACGUAAUCGAAUAAGACAUGCUCAGAUGGAUCAACUUCGAUCUGUUUCAUUUGGUAAACCACCCAAACAAAAAGAUGUUAUUGGUCGUGAUUCGGAAAAGCCAGCUGUUGAUGCCACACCAGAUACUCGUUAG